AUGUAUUUCCAUGCCGUGGCCCUGGUCGUCUUGAUAGCCUUGCUCGUAAGAUGCGAAGCUUCAACAAAUGGAAACCUCUCGGCGGUCAAUCUCACUCCCAGUAUAACAACGACGACCGUCGCUCCUCGCCUGGGUGCAUACAUUCUUGCUGCAUUAGGACAAACACCGACCUACACUAACACUACAACGACGGCUGCUUCGUUGAAUACCACCUCCUCUUCGCAGGCGUCAACACCCACACGUAGCACUAUCUGCUAUGGGGGCGGCGGUCGAUGCUGGGAUGAUAUUACAUACAUCAGCCCAACCAUAGCACCAACUGGUACUGGUGCUGCCUACGCGACAUCAUGUUCCAAUCUAGUCUCGGCUUAUAAUUCAGCUUCAAACUCCUGGGUUGAUAAACACAGCUAUACGACUAACGACACUGCCAUCCUCGGAGGAACUUCUUGGGUCUCGGUUACGUACUAUGUGAACGCGACGACUCUUUGCGAUGGCCACGCACGCGUGACCUACUCUCCCGCGAUCGCAACCUCAUCAACGGUCAUCACGAAAGUCGGCACGGCACCGACGACUUCCACGGGUGUAGCAUCAAUGGGAUGGAUUUUUCCCAUCUCUUCCGUCUCCUGCAGUAUCAAUCCCUCAGAUUGCGACGGACUGUACAACGCUUAUAGCACCGCAUCCUCAAAAUGGGUUGCUGCUGGCAAUGGUACUCGUGCUGCUGAUGCCAUCUUCCCGACCAUCACACCGUCGCCUUCGCUACCGGCCUGUGUCAAUUCCAGUCAAUCCAGCUCGUACGACGCUUUCUCCAAAAGUUUCUAUGGCUGUGGACUUUGCACAAUCUUUGGCGACGAGGUUGAGUUGAUGUAUUUCCCAGAGGCCACGACAGUCUCACGCGAUAUGUGUGCAACAACCCCUUCCGCUAAGCUCACGGCAUAUGGUAAGGACGUUGGUGUACCUUAUACAGCUGCCGACCCAUCGGCUACAUGGAAUGGAACCGGUACUCCUCCGGAGAGCGCUGUCGUUGGAACGCACACAUUCACUUCUGGAACCGCAUACAUCUCGAUCAAACGCGUUUGGGCGGUCGAUCGUUGCUCCAGCCAACUUGGCACGACUGUUACUGGUGCUGUCCUCGCCUUGCCAUCAGAGAGCUUGUUGAGUCUACGUUACUCCCAAAAUCACUUUCAGUAUUUCAUGACGACUAACUCGGUCACUGGAUAUCCCUUCAACUAUGCCGAUCUCAAUAAUCCUGUUCCUUACAGUGCUUGGAAUGGCCAAGCGAGAUGUGAGCAGCCUGGAUUUGCUGACUACAAAUGCAAUGUCAUUUACGAAAAUGACUAUAAUCCUCAACUGGCCAUGCCUCCUGGCAUCAGGAAGUUGAACCCGGCAUGGGAGGGUUGUCAGAUGUGGUAUGGAGGUCUUUACGAUCCGCCGUAUGCUCUGAAGCCUGGAACUGCUGUCGAUACGCCCACAGUGGCCUUUGGGCCAACAGCGACAACCACGUCGGCAGUACAGGCCUCAUCUGUAGCUCCUACCACACCCACGCCUACUGCUCUCGCUGAUCGCACGAGCGAGCGAGCGGGUACUACUCAAGGACAAGUCAAUAACGGCAAUACUCAGCAAACGCAGGAAGCUGAAGAAACGCAGGCUGUCAACACUGCAGGUCAUUACCAGAACACCCAAGCAACACAAACACAGGAUGGUACAGGAAACACUCAAGCGGCUCAGAAUUCGCAAGGUGGUAGCCAGAAUAACAACGGGGGCAACAACCAGGGCGGAAACAACAACAACGACCAGAACCAUGGAGGAAGUCAAACCACUCAAGGGGGAAGCAACAACAACAACAACGGUGGUGCUCAGAACACCCAGAGUGGUCAAGCCAACCAAGGAGGACAGAACACUCAAGGAGGACAGAACAACCAGGGUCGCCAAUCUCAGAACGCAGGUCAAAACCAGCACUGGAAUCCGACACAAGCUGGGGCCGGAAACACGCAAGGAGUCAACGUUGCAAGUGGAGCUCAGGACAAUCCAAGUUUACAAGCACAAGGUGGAUCUGCGCAAUCCUCCGCUAAACAUCCGAUUUAUGUGUUUACUGCCGGCACCUUCACGUACACCGCCACUAAGACCGAGAUUGCGACAAACACGGUGUAUAUCUGUGACACGCAGACUCUAUCUGUCGGUGGGCCAGCCGCAACGCUCCCUGUAAACUGUGUCAUCAGUGCUGGCACGAACGGAUUGGUUAUCAGUACCGAGGCCGCUGCUGUCACGAACCGCGCAUCCGCAGUGACUGCAUUGCCAGUAAUCACAAAAGCCGUCAUUGUCACCGUCGGCAGCAAGGUUCGAACUUUCUCCCAGGACUCACCGGGCGUAGUCGACAUUGGUUCGACCAAGCUCACCGUCGGCGGCUCAGCAGCUACGCUUGGUGAUGGAUCUGUUGUUAGCGCUGACAGCGAGGGGAUCAAGGUUGGCUCCUCCAUUGCCAAAUACUCGACUGUGGCACCUGCGUCUGUUGCAGGUCCAAAUGUCGUUGUGUUCAUGGUUGGUACCAAGACUGUCACUGCAUCAUGCCCUCCAGGAUCAACGAACCAAGCUGUAAUUGGGUCUGUGACGCUUACUGCUGGUGGAUCUGUCCAAACACUUGAGGACGGAUCUCGUGUCAGCCUCGCCUCAGGAGGUGCGAUCAUUGUUGACAGCACAUCUGCCGCUGCAAUCGCCAUUCCCGCGUCUGCAGUAGUGUUCACUGUCAAUGGCAAUGCUGUGACAGCAUACCAGGCUGCUGAUAUCCCAAGCGUUGCGACAAUCGAUGGCACUGUCGUCUCACGAGACGGACCUGCUAUAACCUUGUCCAGCGGCGUGGUGGUUAGUAUAGGCUCCAAUGGACUUGUGGUGCAACAGGGGUCUACAGUAGUGCCGGUGUCUGCUUUCACGACGGCAUCUGAUGAAGACGACUCAUCACCUUCGUCGGGAUCAUCUGCGUCUGAAUCCGGAUCCAAUGCUUCAAGCAACAGCGCAGCGAUCAGUUCGACAAGGACUGCUCAACAAAACCAAGGCUCGCAGGCAACAAUCACUGGCACAUCCGGAGCAGCGUCUAUCAUCCGCCUGUCCACCACGGCCAGUGUGGUCACGACCGCCCUACUCAUUUCACCCCUUCUACUAGCCGUCUUCCUGUAG